UGUUACCUGCGGGCUUCGAGAUUUUGUUCACGUUUUUUUUUGAAACCUCCUACCUAAUGUGAAAAUAUUUCCGGCAGGUAUUGCUGCUUUUUAAUCUGUUUAGAAGUUUAUAGUUUGCCUCGACUUGGCUAGUAAUAAUGGAUGACGAAGAUGACCCGGUUGUAGAAGAGAUUCCAGUGUUUCUGUCCACAACUCUCGCGGAGAAUCUCUACCUGUUGCAGUACCCAGUUAAGUCGUCGAAUGCCACUUUCGACGAUGGCCAAGUUGUAAAUAGUUGUGUUAAACCAAUUAAUCAGCAGAUAAAAGUGGAUUACGCCUUGAAUACUGCUUCGAAAAAUUACGACUCUUUCAAGGGUGAACAGUUUGCGAUUGCGGCAGACGGCAAAGAGAAGGAUCGACAGCAGAAACCAACAUUUCGCAGUGGAACGAUGGACAAGCAAUCUUUUCUCAGUUCGAAGCCCAUCGAAGAUAUAAAUAGGUACAUGAUGUGCGUUCUUCAGGAUCGGGAAAUCCAUGCGACACCGUUGAACGGUAUUGUUUCGAUGCGGCAAAUGUUUUCCUACUUUGACAAGCAGGAUACACGUACGAAGGCCGAGCAGAAAGCGGAACAGGACGCCGAUGGGGAGGAAGAGGAAGCCAAACAGGUCACGGUAAAAUUUGCCCGCACCGAGAACGAGAAGGUGCGUAAGGCCAGGGAGAAGUCUUUCAACUACAUCUCUAAGAUGGAAUCGGAAGAACCAUGGUGCGAAACGUUUUGGCACGCUAAAAGUUCGACUGCCGCCGAGUUGGAGAGACAAAAACUGUUCUGCGGCAGCUCGUCCCGUGUGGGCACGGAAAGUGUACUGAAUGUUGGUUCUGCCGAAUAUCUAGACAUGUUAAUUAGUAAGGAGAAAACGGAUAGGAAUAUAGAUUCUAUGCUGCCAAGUCGUGUCGUUUGCAUGCAUAAGCUAAGGCAAAUGGCACUAGUCGACCAGAUUAGGGUAAUUCUUAAGGAUGCUAAGGUACUCACCUUUCAGCAAAUUAUGGAACUUCUGCCGGACCGGAGCCUUGCAGCGGAUAAGGUUCUUCGGACCCUUCCGAUGGCUGGUGUGCUAAUCCGAGGCAACUGGGUUGUUCAAUCGGAUAGCAUCUAUUUGGAGGGGAGCGUGUCCAGUAUCAACGGUGUUCCAGCGGAACAGAUGUGCAAAGCACGUGACUAUAUUCUGUAUCGAUUUACCCAGUGUGAUAAACUGGAUCGACAUCAGCUGGCGCUGAUUACUCAACUUCCGACAGAGGAGAUCCGGGAAAUUCUUUGCUCGAUAGCGAAGCUGAACAGCGACCGAAGCUGGAGUAUGCUGCUACCGCCGAACGAAGAUUUCUCGGGUACCGAGCUGGAGAUUAGUGAUCGACAGAAUGCUUUCUGGACAGCCCGGGCAGAUAAGUUCAACGAAAUGGAGAAAAGCAACAAACGAGUGCGCAAACGAUCCGCACGGUCUGAGAGUAAAUAUGACACAAAAAUGAGCAAUGGAUAGCGAGGGUUAGUGGUUGUUCCACUAACCGGCAGUGCGUUCCACAACUUGUAAGCAUAAUUAUUUAUAAUCGAAUAAAUAUAUUUGAGAAG